AUGGAUUUCCUGCGGCAAGUGGCUGUGGACCUGCACGCGCUGCGGACAGAGGCCAAGCGCAAGUACCCCGUCGUGAAAGAAGCAGUAGACCGUGCGCUCGAGACGCUGCCUCUCUUGCAGCAACAGUAUGCGGCGCUCGUGCGUGCAGAGAAGCACGCGCCAGGUCCGGGGCACCGGUUUUUCCAGAGCGAGAGCGUCUUGCGGCCGUUCCUGUUGACGUGUAACCACACUAACGCAUCACACAAGAUCCUCGUGCUCGCGCUGUCGAGCAUCCAGCGUCUCGUGAGUUGGGACGCCAUUGGACCGGCCAGCGUGGGCAGUAUCUUGCGCGUGUUGCAGAUCCAGGCCGAGAAAACUGCGUACAUUGACGUUCAGGUCAAGCUACUGCAGACAGUCUUGCAGCUCAUGACGCUCGCGUAUGAAGCGACGAACCGGGAAGAGAGUCGAACUGUCACACGGACUGCUCAGCACGCGUUGGAAAGCGACCUUGUGGGCAACGAAGAUAUAGUGAUGCAAGCCGUGUGGAUCUGUGUACAUCUCCAUGCGGGCAGUAGCAGUGCUAGUUCGGUGGUAGGAAACACAGCGGCUAUGACGAUCCGGCAGUUGGUGUCACUUGCGUUUGGCAAAGUAGACUCGAGUCCAGCAGCCAAACGUGUUGGAGUGCUACUGUUCCAAGAUCUGUGCUUUAUCAGUCGAGAAGAGAGUGGCGUGUGGCUGAAACGCACGGCUGUGUCGCCGAUGAGCGCUGCGUUAGCGGUUGAGCUUCUCGAAACGAUCGUGACGUCUCAUUAUGGGCUCUUUCGACUAGAUGUCGAGUUUACGACUGUCUUGAAGCAACAAAUGCUUCCACUGAUGCAGUCCGUGCUGGAAAUGGGCUGCAACGAUAAGCACGGUGGAUCUGCAGGCUCAGGUAUCACAGGUCCGACGAGCACCUCAAUCACCAGCAGUAGCACGAACAACGCAGUGGGUCCAUUCUUCCCACUACUCGCUCGCGGCAUGCGUCUUGCGAGCACGCUUCUGUGCCAUUUUGCCGACUGUCUCAACAGCGAGUGCGUUUCGAUUUUGCGCGUGCUGCUAGAAAUUAUUGCAACAGGGACCUACACAAAUGCGGACACCUCGAGGUCACCACGAUCUUCAUCCAAGUCACCACCUGACUCGAAAUACAAUGCGGCAAGUGCGAUUGCAAAUUUCAAGGAAGCUAAGAGUUUCCUGGCCCACUCAAGCAUGUCGAUUGCUAGUGCCUCCAACGCAUCUGGGAAUACAGGAGGAGGCAUCAAUUUCGUGACGUGGCCUGUUAUGCUAUCACUAGAGGUUCUGAACCGCGUUUGUCAGGAACCUGACGUGGUUGCUGCAAUGGUAAACUACCCUGGUGGGGUGCUCGUUGCUAUUACUCGCACAACAUCAUCUGUAAUCAUGACAUCACCACCAUCGGAUUUUUUACCCCAAGGUCCGGACGCAGCCGGGCUUCGCUCUGGUCUUGAGUUGUUAAAUGAGCAAGAAACGCCCGUGCUUCAGCAAUUCUACACGGCCGUUCGUGUUGCCGCUUCUUGUCAGUGCAACAUGGCGACCUCCGUAUUUGAGCUGUCGAGAUCCACCGACAACGAGAAAGUGUGUGAGAAGCUAGCUAGAGCGUGCGUUGCCGUGGUGGCUCCUGCGGUGGUCCAGUCCAUGAACUGCGUGAUGCGGCACUGCCGCGAGGUCGACCUCGUCACCAUGUCUCUCAAGUCAUACCAUGUGCUAGCCACGAUUGCGUCGCGGCUUCGGGCGAACAUGCGGAGCCGAACCGCAAGAGACACAUGGUGCAAGCCGAUGGAUGAGGUGGUGCUGACUUGCCUACGUGCCUUAUGUGGGUUCAGCUUUCCAUUACCGGAUGGCAUUCGAGGAAACGCAAAGGGUUCGAUUUCAACGACUGGCUCGGGUAGCAGUGGGUCUAGCGACUAUGUAGGCGAAACUGGGGCGGAGGAUGGCGAAAGCUGUCUUGUGACGAUUAGUUGGCGCGAGGUGCAUGCAAUGAAGGCACUUUUUGGCGCUGCGCACGUUAUGGAGGAAGAGCUUACAGAGGUGGAGUGGUGCGUGUUACUCGAGGACUUUGAGAUUAUCGUGGGACUUGCGGAUCCAGAGCUAAGGAAGGGGCAGCAGAAACUACCGACUAAAGCCUAUCGAAUCCGAGCUUUUCGAAUUGAAGACGAAGACGUAGAGCAGCAGCUGAUGAUGCUGAGCAAUUCGGUCGUGGAUUUGAUCCGUGGCGCGCACAAGCUCAGCAGAACUGCAUUGCAAAAGCUGCUAGCUGCAGUAAAAAGGGUUUCUUGGGAACAAGCUGGUCUCCCGAUACCGUGUCAAGAUUCGAAGUGCAGUUCGAAACCUGAUGGCACGAAAUUACCCACAUGCGACUGGAAACUAAUGGAUGAUGGCGACACACCCAGCUCCAGAAGCUACCACCAUAUGAAAAUCUAUCAGAGCUAUCUGGGCGUGGGUCUCACUGGCACUGGCAGUUUUAUGCCAUGCUUCGUUGUACGCAUGCUGACCCAAUUAGCAUCGAGUAGUAAGGAGUGUUUCGAUGAAGUUGUGCGUGAACUGGUCCUCAUGAGUACGUAUGAGCCACGAGCGCCGCUAACGGCUGUCCAAGUUCCCCAGCUCGGUCAGUUCCAGAUCUUCACUACCGACAGUAUCCUGCAACUCAUGCAAAACGCUCUGCAGCACAUUGUCAGUAGUGCAUCGUCCACCUCAAAGCCGAUUAUUGAAGAUCGGGAUACCGCGAGGGAUGAGGAAAAUCGUACAUCCUUGUAUGCAUUCGAUCAGCAAGAGUUGUUUGUGCCAUUGCUGAGGUUGGUACGCUCGGACAUGAGAGACCGCACAUUGGCUGGCAUGCUGGAAAUGCUGAACGCUUGCGGCCACCUCAUCAGUGCUGGCUGGCCACUGAUAUUCGCUGCGGUGCAAGAAGCUUGUAUGACCGGCGAUGGGAAGACACAGGUGCUUGCUUUCAAGUGUUUGCGCCUUAUCGUCGAUGACUUGGUGGUGUCAAUACCGAGCACUUAUCUCCCGGAUUGUAUCAAGUGCGUUGGGUGUUUUGGCAGUCGUGCAAAGGAUGUUAACAUCAGUCUUACAGCUGUCAACGAACUUUGGAGCGUGGCCGAUGUGAUUGGAAAGCAAAAGACGCAACAUGAAAGCGACUCGAGUAACCAGCGACGAUGCGGCCAGUGGGGAUACAUUUUUGCAGAAGUUAGCUCCGUAGCUUUGAAUGACCGAGCCGAGGUGCGGAACAGUGCGAUCAAUACCCUGUUUGGUACGGCGGUGACGUACGGUGCUCAGUUUGAGCUGAGUGAGUGGCAAUCUUUUAUAAACUCGACGGUUCUGCCUCUUGCAACCAAGCUGUGCGAGACUCAAAAACAGAAAAAGCCGCUCUCACUUGAAGGGAUCGAACAAAAGGCAUCGGUCAACUACAUGCUUCACCACUCACGUGACAGCAGCGAGAAGCAAUGGAACGAAUCCCGGGUAUUGAUGCUGACUGGAAUCAGUCGCGUGUUAGAGACGAACUGUCACCAUCUGCUGCAGCACGCGUCGUGGUUUGCUUCCAUUUGGCGAGAUCUGCUUCAGCACGUUGCGUUGAACGCCUCUUUUGGCAUGCCCAAGGAAGUCGUGCUUGCGGCCGUCAAAACGCUUCAAACGCUUUUGCAGAUUUCUUCAGCAGGAGAUUUUGAUCAUAUCGCGCAAUCGCAGCGUGUUCGCGCUGGAGUUGGUAUGCGUGUCGUUGGAGGUGCUCUCGUGUCUUCAUCAAUGCCGACGUCCGCUGCGUUGACUUCUCCGAUGACACGGCGUACUAUUGCCGCACCAGUGUUUUGUGGUCCCCGACUGUGGGAGGAGGCGUUUUGCCAACUGUUGCAGCUGUGCGACGAGAGGCGACUUGGUGCUGAAAAGGACAAGGGCUUUACUCAUCUGUGGAAAGAAGACGAUGAACAGGAAAUUGCGAGUGCAGUGGUGUCAGUGUUGAGGACGCUUUAUGUACAGGCAAAAGAACACGAAUUCAAGAGCGUGCGCAACGUGAAUAAAAUGCUGGAUUUGUUUGCCGCCUUGGUCUCUCGCCAUUUGCUUGACACACCAGCACCUGAAAAUGGAGAAGCGAAGAAGACAGUCACCAAUAUCUCGACAAACAGCCUGCAGUCGCGCGUGCUUGACGCUUUCGAGGAAUGUGGCUCGUUUGCGUUUCAUCCGGAAGUUCACACAAAAGUGCUGGAUCAGCUCGUGGAAUAUGUGACGCUGUCAUCGGCGAAGGGUCUCGUGUUCUUCACGCGGCACGCGUUAAUUUCGUUGGCAAGGCUGUACGCAAGCGUGUCAAUCCAGGCCAAAGAGAAACGUUUCUUGUCUGUACUCUUCUGCGUCCAGCCAUUCUUGCGAUUUGAUACGAGUCACGACGCACCAGAAUCGAGUCUGCCAGCGUCUCCUGGCAAGCCAAUGACAGCAGCGCAGAAAGCAGAGACGCAGUUGUGGAAACAUGCGCUGCGCGUGCUUCUGGUCGUGAUCUCAAGCGGGCUUGUGGCUGUUCGGCUGGCUGAAGCUUGCUGGAGGCCUCUCCUUGAAACCAUCACGUGUUUUGUCCAGCCUGAUAAGGGCAAAUUCCCGUUGUGUGUGCAGUCAGAAGAGGAUGAAGUGUUGGUGUUAAGCGUGUUGGAGUGCGUGGUGGACAGUACUAUCUCGCUGCUCGGCGAUGGCAGCGACACGAAGUCUCACGCUGGUCAACAGUACAACGCGUUUAUCAACGACCUGGUAGCAGUACUGUGCUCGGGUGUGAACGCGGUGGACCACAACAAGUCCAUCAUUCGGUGCUACGUGCGCCAGCUCAGCACGAUGUGCAUCCAGACAGUAGACCAGGAGCUAGCAUUGUUUGCGCGUGCUCGACUUGUCGCGUGCUGCAGCACCGCGUUGGUACGCUUUGCCGAUUUGAACAGCGCUAUUCUCUCGAAACUGCAGUCUUCAGAUGUGUCGAGCCAGCCACGCCCCUCGACAUCAUCAGAUUCUGAGAGCGACAUCGAUUUCGUUGCAGCCCGCGAAAAGGUGGUGGUUCUGUUGACAAGCGCACUAGAGGUGGACAUGCAGCCGCGUAGUAUAUUGGAAAUGUACCCAGCACUGUGUGGCUGCAUCUCCUCGUCCGAUUUGGUGGUGCGCCAGCUUGUGCAGCAGCUGCUGUUGAAUGGCCGGCUUUCUGAAUUCCGCCUUGAGCUCAUGGACAUGUGGGAGCGUCGAUCUAAUUAG